AUGAGCUCAGGAGAAGCGGGGAAGGCUGUGGCAGGUGAAGCAGAGGGCUUGGUGACCUUUGAGGAUGUGGCUGUGUAUUUCUCACGGGAGGAGUGGGGGCUCCUUAAUCUGACCCAGAGGAGCCUGUACCGGGAUGUGAUGCUAGAGAACUUUGCACUUAUUGGCUCGCUGGGAUUUGCACCUUCAAGGUCCCAUGUGGUUGCCCAACUGGAGAGUGAAGAAGAGCUCUGGGUGCCCAACAUGGUGGACUUGACACUGGGCAGCAGAGCAGAGGUCAGGAAGGGUCCUGGUCCUGGUUGUCCAUGUAGACUGGAGGAUGAGGAAGCCUCUCCAGAGCAGAUCAAGAACUACAAAGUCUACCUAUCAGAGAAGCCCCUUCUGUGUGGGGAGUCUGGAAAGGACGUCCCUACCACCUUAGGCCUCCUCCAGCACCAGGCCACCCACAGCAAGGAGAAGCUACACAAGAGCACCAAGCCUGGGGAGGCCUUCCAACCCAGCUCCAGUUGCCAGCAGCAGCAGGGCCUCCACACCACACAGAAGGCCUUCAAGUGCAGUGACUGUGGGAAAGCCUUCCUGAAGGCUUUUGCACUCCUCGACCAUCUGAUAACUCACCCCAAAGAGAGACCCUUUAGAUGCCUGAAAGUUGGAAAUGCCCCCAAGGAGAAAUCCACCCAUGUUAAUUACCAAAAAAUUCACACUGGAGAAACAUCCCAUGUGUGUAAUGAGUGUGGAAAGGUCUUCAGUUACCCAUCUAAACUGAGGAAGCACCAAAAGGUUCACACGGGCAUAAAACCUUUCAAGUGUGAUGAGUGUGGCAAAACCUUCAACCGUAAAGAUGCACUUGUUCUGCACCAGAGAAUUCACACUGGAGAAAGGCCUUAUGAGUGCAGCGAAUGUGGGAAAGCUUUCAGUGUUCUGUCUACUCUCAUUCGGCACCGGAAAGUUCACAUUGGAGAAAGGCCCUACGAGUGCAGGGAAUGUGGGAAGUUCUUUAAAUACAACCAUAGCUUCAUUCUUCACCAGAGAGUUCACACUGGAGAAAGGCCUUAUGAGUGCAAGCAAUGUGGGAAAACUUAUGUGACCCGCUCUGGCCUGUAUCAGCACUGGAAAGUUCACACUGGAGAACGGCCCUAUGAGUGCAGCCUGUGUGGGAAGACCUUCACCACCAGGUCCUACCGCAAUCGGCACCAGCAGUUCCACACUGAAGAGAGAUCCUAUGAAUGUACAGAAUGUGGGAAAGCCUUCAAACACAGUUCUACCCUCCUUCAGCACAAGAAAGUCCACACUGGAGAAAGGCCAUACAAGUGCAGAGAAUGUGGGAAGACCUUCAGCCACACCUGUAAACUGAAAAAGCAUCAGAAAAUUCACUCUGGGAAAAGGCCUUACAAGUGCAUGGAGUGCAGAAAAGCUUUCUGCCAAAGUUAUACUCUAAAUCAGCAGCAGAAGGUUCAAGCUGGUGGAAGGCCCUGA